GCUGUGUGAUCAAUGUUCGACCAAAACAAUCUGAGUUCGGACGGCCAGGAGAGCAGAUCCAGGCCCGUCAGUCCGAACCAGAACAACCGGAGAGGUCACGCCGAACCGGACUGACACCGAACACUACUGGCUCAACAUGUCUGCGGGCUCCGGGAACAGAAACACGAACACGGAACCGUGGGGCAGCUUCGAUGACCACCUCAUCCAGGGCGGCGGCUCAGCCGUGGUGGACAUGGAGAACAUGGACGACACAUCUGGCUCGAGCUUCGAGGACAUGGGCGAGAUGCACCAGAGGAUGAAGGAGGAGGAGGAGGUGGCGGCGGAGGCGGCUGCCACAGAGGACGACAGCGCAGAGGACGGAGAGUUCCUGGGCAUGAAGGGGUUAAAGGGGCAGCUGGGCCGGCAGGUGGCUGAUGAGGUGUGGCAGGCGGGGAAGCGUCAGGCGUCCAGAGCCUUCAACCUGUACGCCAACAUCGACAUCCUGAGGCCGUACUUCGACGUGGAGCCAGUCCAGGUCCGCAGCAGGCUCGUCGAGUCCAUGAUACCUGUCCGCAUGAUCAACUUCCCCCAGAAGAUCGCUGGAGAGCUGUACGGUCCUCUGAUGCUCGUCUUCACCCUGGUGGCGAUCCUUCUGCACGGGAUGAAGACGUCUGGGACUGUGAUCAGGGAGGGCACGCUCAUGGGCACGGCCAUCGGGACGUGUUUCGGUUACUGGCUCGGCGUCUCGUCCUUCAUCUACUUCCUGGCGUACCUGGUGAACUCUCAGAUCACGAUGCUGCAGACGCUGUCGCUGCUGGGUUACGGGCUGUUCGGUCACUGCGUGGUCCUCCUCGUCACCUAUAACUUUGACUUCCACGCUCUGUUCUACGUCCUGUGGCUGCUGCUUGGAGGCCUGUCCACGCUGCGCAUGGUGGCGGCGCUGCUGUCUCGUACGGUGGGACAGACUCCUCGCCUCCUCCUCUGUGGGACUCUGUCUGUGCUGCACAUGCUCUUCCUGCUCUACCUGCACUUCACCUACCACAAGAUCGUCGAAGGACUGCUCGACUCUCUCGAGGGACCAAACCUGGCCCCGAUGCAGCGGGUCGCCCGAGAUGUGCCCGACCUGAUUGUGAACGUGACGCUGAGGACACGCUGAGGACACGCUGAGGACACAAAGACUGGGACGACGACGCAGAGGGGACACGGAGACGGGGACGACAAUGACCACCCUGAGAGGACGCAGAGGACACGCUGAAGACACGGAGACGGGGACGACAACGACCACACUGAGGACACAAAGACUGGGACGACCGGGACAACACUGAGAGGACAAGGAUGCUGACGAGAGGAGGGGACGACGAGUUGUCGUCUUGUUUUUCUUCUGUUUGUACGUUUUCUUUGUUCUGGGCUUUUAUUUUGAUAUCUUCCUGUAUUUAUACUUCCUGUUGAGACUCUAAUAAACUUAACGAUGAUUUAAUGUGUUCAAAUAAACACUUUUAAUUUGGA